UGCCAUCUCCCCCCCACCCCUCUUUUUUUAUACUUAUCUGCGUGGCGCAGGAGAUUCUGGCGCCGCGCAGGCGGAGGAGAAAGGAAAUGAGAAGCAGAGGAGGGUCGCCAGCGCCGCAUUCACUCAGCACCAAGGACAGCGCCGGAUUCAGCACCAUGGACAGCUCCUCAGCGCAGAGCGGGUUCGACAACAGGCCGAACCACAGAAGUUUGUAGAGGGACUUUAGACACCUGACGGUGCCAAACUAUACUGUGGAUUUGAUCCCAUUUUCUCUGCUUUUUCAUCGUUUGGGGGACUUCUUGGGGUUUGGAGAAGACAUCAGGAGCUCCUCUGGUAGAGUGGGGGGAUCCAAAUUUCUGUCAGUUUCGGACUAUAGCUCCCAGCCACCCCAGGUGGUAUUUGAGUUUGUGCUGGUUGGAUGAGGAAGAAAACAAGAAGAAGAAAUGAUGCAAUCAUUAUAAAAUACACAUUUUUUUCAUUUGUAGAGGCAGAUCAGGUCAACUUGAACUGAGCAGAAAUCUCAAAGAAGUCCUCAAAGUUGAGCAGACAGCUCCUGCCACUGGGGUACCACUGAUCCAAACCAGAUUUGGACUCAUUUUCUGUGCUGAUUUUGGACGUCGAAGAGGGAGGAAGCAAAAGAAAAAAUGUCAGUGAGUCAACAGCUGGAGCUAAAAACCAAACAGACCGUUCUCCUCAAAGCAAAACCGAAACAUCCAUGAAUAAUUGGAAUACUAUAAGCUUAAAUUUUAGAGCUUUAAUUGUUUGUAAGGGAAUGGACGGCUUUAAUUAAAUAUAAGCAGAAAUCAAGCGAUUUUUGGCGUUUGAAGGAUGGUGUUUCCACACCCACGUUCAUAGAGAAGGUUUUUUUUUUUUUUUUUUUUUCUUUUAGGGGAAGGAAACGCAGCAGGACGUUAGGCAGGGAAAAAGGGGGGAGAUUAGCGCAGCUGGAACGCAGCAGCGCUCUCAUUACAGGGGGACACGAGCGGCUGGAGGCGCGCAGAGGCGCAAUGUGGCACCGCCGUCACCCUGCGCUCUGACGGAGCGUGGGCAGCUCGUUGGAUGGGGAUGGUGAGAACCGCUUUUUGAUGCGCGAGAGAGGAAGAAAGAAAGAAAGAAAGUGCCAGCUUUCCCACCCAUCGCCCUGAGCGUCAACUAAACAACCCGAGAAUCCAAGAAUCCCUUUUUUAUAUUUUUUGCUCCCCGUUCAUAAUCACACAAAUCUGAUUGUAGAUUUGUGUGCGUUUUUUUUAUGCUCGGCUGCUCCUCGAUCUCUCCAAGUCUCGCGGGAUAUUAAGGAAAUAAAAGGGUGAAUCUCAAAGAGCAGAAAGAAGAAAAAAAGGAGAAGAGAUUAAAGCACCCAGGAGCCGCCUAUAUGAAGAUGCUGAUGUGUGACCGCGGCGUCCAGAUGCUCGUGACGACGGUGGGUGCGUUCGCCGCCUUCAGCCUCAUGACCAUCGCCGUCGGCACGGACUACUGGCUGUAUUCGCGCGGGGUCUGCCGCGUGAAGAGCAGCGGCGACAACGACACGAGCCGCAAGAACGAGGAGGUGAUGACGCACUCCGGCCUCUGGCGAACCUGCUGUCUGGAAGGAACCUUCAGAGGAGUUUGUAAGAAGAUCGACCAUUUUCCGGAAGAUGCCGACUAUGAAGCGGACGCUGCCGAGUAUCUCCUCCGUGCUGUGCGUGCCUCCAGCAUCUUCCCCAUCAUGAGUGUGGGCCUGCUCUUUCUGGGGGGGCUCUGUGUGGCUGCCAGUGAGUUUUACAGGAGCAGACACAAUGUCAUCCUCAGUGCAGGAAUCUUCUUUGUAUCUGCAGGCCUUAGCAACAUUAUUGGAAUUAUUGUCUACAUCUCAGCCAAUUCCGGGGAUCCAGGUCAAAGUGACAGUAAGAAGUCCUACUCCUACGGCUGGUCGUUCUACUUUGGGGCCCUCUCGUUCAUCAUGGCAGAAAUGGUGGGCGUUCUGGCUGUGCACAUGUUCAUAGAGAAGCACCGCAAACUGCGGGCCAAGUCCCGCACCGAGCUCAUCAAGAAGUCUGCCUUCAGCCGCAUCCCCUCCUACCGCUACCGCUUCCGGCGCCGCUCCAGCGUGCGCUCCUCCGAAGCCCCCAGCCGAGAUGCAUCGCCGCUGGGCAAAGGAGGCUACACGGGGCCGGCCGCCUCGGAGAUGCCCAUGUACACGCUGAACCCACGGGAAGCCGGGAACGCCGGCACCAAAGCGUGCAUGGGAGGGCUGCUCAACUCGGAGCGGGAGUUCCUUCAGAGCAGCACACUCGCCAAAGACUACAACAAGGACCCCAACCGGAGGACCACACCCGUCUGAGAGGUUCUGGCUGUAGAUAUCACCCAGUUAGAGUAGCAAAGAUGACGAUGAAGGGAAAUUCAGAGGGGAUGCAAUUAAAAAUCGGGGCAGAGUUUUGGUGGGUGGGAAGGAGUCUGACAAACCACAACUGUGAACUUUUAGCCUUUGAACUGUGAAUCCUGAGCCCUGUGAGAGUUUAAGUGUGCGUCGCAGGCUUUGCUUUGAUGGAGAAGUUGUUCCCAACUCCACUUCACCACAUAUCACUGUAGCUGUAGCCGCAACUCCUUAUGUAAGAAGGCACAUUCGGUGUGUAAUUCAUAUUUUCCGACUUUUUCAUAAGGAGCAAAAAAAGGACUAACCAAAAAAAAAAAAAAAAUAAAGCAUAUCGUGAGUGGUUUCUCGUUGGGGCAACUUCUUCUGAAAACAAAAAAAAAAACAAAAAAAAUGGGAGGAGAAGACGAAAGAGGCGGCAUACUUUGUGUGAUCUGUGGUCUUUUGAGUUCUCUCCUAUUGACUUUUUUUUUUGUUAGCAGCAGAGUUGGAUCAAUGAAGGGAACAGCCUUAGAUCUCCAUGCUGACUCUCUGAUUACAAUACUGUUUAAAAGUGAGGAAGUUGAACACCUUAACAUACAAUCAGAGCCAUUUUCAGUUCACUUUAAGGAGGAAUAUAUCAAACUUAUUCAAAUUUUUCUGACAUUUGUUGUAUAUAUAGAUGGCUUUCAUGCUGAUUGAUCUCUGAACUGAAAAUGAAGCUCAUUACUGAUCACAUUUUACCUCCACCUGUCAAUCCUCAAAGCUACGUUCACACCGCUAGCAAGUUUUACAAUCGUUUUCGGGCUCUACGUUAAAAAAGCAUCAAACUUUGACCAAUCGGGAGCCUUUGGUUUGAUAGUGACGUAUACAUUUGGUUUACCUGGUAAACACAGUCAUGCCUACAAACCUGAUGAUAUCUGCGUUUUUUUUGUUUUUGUUUUUUAUGAGUAAAGAUAAACCAGGGCCACGCUCCUGACAAGAUCGUAAUCCAUAUCCACCAUUUCAAGGUUGCUAGCAGUGCACCAAACCGUUUCACACCAAACCUCUUUCAACUGUUGGUGGGGCACAUGCUCUAGCAAACAGUAAGGUGAAAUCUGAAUUCUUUCCCUACCCCUCCAACUGAAGGGGCAUUUGAAGGGAAAGGGGUGUCUGAAAUAGUUAUUUUAAGAGUAGAGCGAAGGGACUUCGAGUUCUGUAUCCCUCCUAGCUGUGUCACGCUGUGCCGCGGAGAAGAAGCAUUUUUCUUCACAUGGGUGUGCUUUGAAGCACAGAAGUUUACUCUUAAAUGUGAGUAAUGACUUUUUGUUUGCGUACGACCUUUUUAAAGGGAAAAAAAACGAUUUUGUUAUGUAUAUCUGAGAACUAGCUAACGCAGCUGACCGGCGGCUAUUGGUGACAUCAUCGAGUGGGAGUAACGUUUGAAUUUAAAGACACUGUUUUUCCAUAACUCUGUUUGGAGGGCUAAAUGUAGGGGUAGGGGGAAGAAUUUGGAUAUAGGAGAAGAAAAGGAAGCCCCUCCCUGCGUGUCCAGUGUGAACACCGUGACACCCGGUGUGUCCGUAGCUUUAGACAUAACCUGGUGGAGGUUCUGACUUAAGGUGAGACUAAACGAAACUGAUGAAUCACUUUUAGACAGUAGGGUUUGAUCCAUUGGUGCUUCCUUUAAACUGUGUUUUUUAUAUAUCUAUUUUUUUUUUAUUCUGUUACUUUUUAUCUGAAACUUGAGAGGAUGAGAUAUUUGUCAGUUAGCUUUCACAAAUCACCUUUCGCCUUCCACGUCUGUCGGUGCGGCUUCAUCUCAUCCUGCACCCGCCCGCCCACCACCUUCGCUCAUCCUUCCACCCUGUUCCCCCUCCCCCAUCCCCUCAUCUUGUAAAGGAUAACCAGCCAGAUUUAGGUCCUGUCUUCCAUCGGUGUCACUUCUAGACCAGCAAGGUUUCCUGAAGGUUCAGGGUACGGAGAGGAGAGACCGCUGAGCUGUGAAUACUGUACUGUGAAAGGCGGUGCCAAAAAAAAAGACAUUCAACAAACUAGAAGGUGGACUAUUCCUGUUUGCCCACUACCUCUUGAUGAUUAUGUUUUAGAUGAAUUUACUACAAAGUUGUCUUUGCUUGCGAGAAUGACUGUCAAACGUUCAGCUGCAGAAAUAAAGCGGACAAUAAUGCUCACUCCAGUCUAAGAGCACAUCUCUGCAACUAUUUGUUUGAGCGUGGCGAACAGUUUAAGUGGAAAGUGGAGGAAAACAACAACAAAAAAGAACAUUUGCACCCUUCAAAGCAUUUGCUCCACCCAUCAUUCAAACUGUCAGUGCACAAAUAUGAACACACAUGCAGAACAUGAGCCUGAGCACACUGUGUCUCCAAGAUGUGACAUUUAUAGUUAGCCUCCUGUAUGAUUGCGUCAUUCUCCUUGCAGCUUUUAUUUUUUAAGGCUGUCCAUGCAGGUGCAGAGAAUUCCUGCACUAGUCCUGGCGGCGUGUCUAUUUUUUAAUGUCGUUCACUGAAAAAUCAGCAUUUAAAUAGUACAGAAAGCGUAGACCAGUUUCCUUCAGGAGAUGUACCAAUGCAGUAAAAUGUCUGUAUCUCAAUAUAACUGCAACUUUUGACGGUUUUCUUAAAACAUUACAACAGAUUUUCAGAUUUUAUCUGUUCCCUGUUUUUAAAAAAAAAAGUUUUUGUGUUUUUACCUAAUCUGGCCUUAGUGCCAAUCAGGGCUGUGCGAACUUCAAAAGUAAAUUAAGAAAUACUGUUAAAUUCUGACUUAUUUCAUGAAUUUGGGUUCAGUUUUUCUAUUGAGUAAAAUCAAGUAUUGCAGUUUGACAUGAACAAAAGAUGAAUUGUAAAUGUGAGUAAACCUUUGUGGAUCAAUAAUCAAUUAUUUUUUACAUUUUUAAAUCAAAUUAAUAAAAACCACCCACAUAAGUAAUCUUCUAAGGGAAAAAAACAGCUAUAAAAACAGAAAAGAAGUUUGAGUCACAAAACAUAAACUAUAUUAUCUUUUUUAAUUUUUAUGUUUAAAGGAAAAAAAACUAACUAAUUUGACUUGUUUUUACAAAAACAGUGACUUUUUAGAGAUGAUAUGGAAAUUCCUUGAAACAUUAACAAAAAAAGUUUUAAAUUUGUGCCAAAAAAUUAUGUCAACUGCCCAGUAUUUUUUUCCUUUAUGCUAAAAACAUUUUCUAAAUUAAAAAAAGUUGUAUUUGUUCUUACAACAAUGAAACAUUUUUACAUUUAAAAUGACAAUUAGGAAUUUAUUACAUAUUUCCCUAUUCUAGAACAAAAAGUUCUUAUUUCUGUAAAUGUAAAAGACAAUUAUUUUAGCAAAAAAAAUGACCUAUUUAUAUAAAAAAUGUUAUUGCCUUAGAUUAAUAUACUUAAAUAAGAGAGAUUUUUUUUUUCUAUAAUAAAUAUUUUAUUAGUUUAAAUUCAAUUUAACUUCCUGUGGGUGGAGCUAAAUUAACUCAAAUUCAGGCUUAUGAAAUAAACUGAGAUCCAUUUAGUCUUUCCUAGCCCUCAAAUGAAGGUGGCAGCUGUGAUAGAAUUAAAAAAGCCAUAAAAAUACAGAGAAAAGGAGCUGGAGGAAGAACAUUAGUGUAGCUGAAAGUUUCACUUCAUAAUCCUUUUUCUGGGACAUUGAAUGAGUGAAACACAAAGAAGGUGAAGAUACUUUUAAUUCGUUUUCUCCCAAAGCCAUCAUUGAAUUCUUUUGUAAAAAAAAACAAACAAAUAAAUACUUAUAAAAAAUAAAGAAACAAUGCAGAGCUGAUACCUCCAUGUCCUGUUUUGACAUUCAUGACUGCUGAUAAAUAAAAAAUGGUCUCAGUCUGAGCAUAACUGAUUCUUUUUACGAUGCUGCUCUUUUAUCUCCUGUAUUUUUGCACCAAAAGCAGGAACCUAAAGGGACAAACGUGCAUCGCUGUGUCCUCCGUCUGUAAAUAUUAAUUUUGCAAGCUAACGACAGGCUGUAACAAGGCUGUGAAGUGCAGGAAGAGAGGGUAGAGGAGGAAGAGGGGUGCAUUUUCUUUUCAUUUUUUUUUUUUUCCGAGCAAGGGCUUUUAAUUUUUAAAGAACAGGAGCACACAAGGGCUUUUCAUGCUCAACACUCCGGCAAUGUCGUUUAGAGGGUGUAAUGUUGGAGGGAGGGAAGAGACUUUUGCACGGAAACAACGGUUUUAUAAAGCCGAGAGCGGAGAUGUGGAGAAGACUUGGCCUGUCCUGCUCUCCUCUGUUCACCUCAGACUAGAUCACUUAAACUUAGAUUAAUUAGAGAUAACAAAUGUAGCCUUAUGUGCAAAGAUAGUGAUUUAAAAAAUUAAUUAUAUUGGAAAGGUUAGCUUCUUGAUUAGAUCCCACAUACUCAUUUUGAUUUGUUUGUGCUUAGCCGCUGUAGCUACACGGGUCCCUCAGGCCCCUUAGGGUCAGAACUGCCAUCCAUGAGCCAUGCCAGCUUUGACCAUUGAAUCCAUGCAUGCCACAUCCAUUUGCUUCCAGCAGCUACAUUCUAUCUCCAAUCAGCUCUCAAACAGCACCCGCGUCUCUAUGACUCGUAGGGACUGGUGCAUUAAAGACGCCUUACAGGGGUGUUUGGGCCCCUAAGCCUGAGCUGUUUUGAUGUUUACUCCUAUAGAGAGCGGGGUGCUCUUUGAGGCUGUCCACCAUUGAUCUUUGAUACUCAAAUAUCAAGAAAUAUUGUAUUAUUAGUAAAUAUAUAUAUAUAUAUUCUAAAGGUGCCAUUGUGCAGAGAUGAACUCUGUCACAUUAUAUUUAAUACUGUAUUCUUCUGGAAUACGGGACUGAUCACAAGCAGAGUUGGGAUGCAGGACUGCUCGUGUUUCUCAUGUAUUAUUCUAGUUUUAUCGUCUACUUUGAUGUAGUUGUGAGGUUGUUUUGAUCACACUGGAAGCCUCUGUGCGAAGGGAACACAUCGGAGAGACGGGGGACGAACCCCCCCCUCAUCCAACUGGUGCAAGAGGCAGGACAGUCAACGCUGGGAAACACACACCGACACGCAUUUCGACGAGAUCGUUGGGAAUUUUGACUCGAAAUUGCAAAAUAGUGAGACUAAGACGAAGCAGGGACGAUUAUCCCUGCACGACUGGGCAAACGCAUACAGCACAUGCUCACAACCUCUGCUUUGCCCUUUGUGGUGCAAGGAGGGAAAAAAAAUCACUGUGUUAUGUUUGAUGUUUCUUCAGGGGGCAAAAAAAAAGAAAAAGAGUAAAAAUGUCCCUGUUGCUUUGAUCAUUGGGGAAUAUCCUGAGCCAGCCAAUCAAACACGGACGAUCAGCAGAACUGGAACUUUAUUCAACCAACUCUGAGACUCGUGACACUUCCGGUGCACAGACACACUGACACAAAUAUGGCUGCUGUGUGAGGAGGGCUUCUCGUGCCUGCAUGUUUGUGCGUGUUCACGUAAUUGUGUGUGCGCGCGUGUGUUUGUGUGGUGUGUGCAGCUGGUCUCUCCUCACCCAUGCACCUAGUGCCUGCCUGCCUGUCCUGCCUUCAGACAGUUCCAAGAUCAGCCAUGAGGCCUCCUGGAAAAACCUCCGCUGCAUUCCCACGACCUGACGCGGUUACAUUGGGAUCAGUUUUAGAGCUAAUCGCCUCAACCAUUCCCUCAGCAGAAAACAGCCAUACAAACUUACACAACUCUUCUUUUGCUAGGUCUCCAGGAUUUGUUUUUUUUGUUUUUUUUAAUCUUAAAGUUUACCCUCAGCGUUUAAUUAUCUACUAUUUACCAAACCUUAAUCAAUAGUUUAAUAAUAUCACCGUAUUUUUCGGACUAUAGGCCAAACCAAAUUACAAGGUGCACCAUCAACGAAUGGUCUAUUAGCAAACCUAUGUCAUAUAGCCGACAGGUCUGUCGGUCAGUCAGACUUUAUUAACUGCGUUCACAAUAACUCUAAGAUUUGUUUUAGACACACUACAUGUUUGCCACGUUUGAAGUGUUAGCAUGUUAGCGAUACCUGUAACGCUCUACCUUGUUUGCAAACCUAAAUAGCAGAUCGAUUCUGACAAAACAUGCGUCACUGUCACAACGCUAACUCCCAACUUUGUUAGUAGCAUAAAAAAAAAAAUAAAAACACAUCGCAACACUAUACUGAACAUUAGCGUAUUUACAGAAACAUUGUUAGAAACAAAUUAAAAAACAUAGUACGACACAGCUAGCUGCAUUAGCGUGGUAAACUUCUAAUCUUGUUAGUAACGUACAAUUGAAAAACAUGGUACACAUUAAACGUGUUACCAAAUUUACAAAACUCCUGUGUUAGUUAGCACAUUACAAAAUGCUGUACGACACAGCUACUCAUUAGCUGCAUUAGCAUAUUAACUUAAACUCUUGCUCUCUUUAGUAACGCAAAAUUAAAAAGUACUGUCCAAUACUGCUACAGUGUUAGCGUAUUUACAAAAACUCCUAAAUGUGUAGUAACACGUUAAAAAAACAGUUUAACACUGAUACACAUUAGCCACAUUCCCGUGUUUACAAAAACUCCUAACCGUGUUAGUAACACGUUAAAAAACACAGUUCGACACUACUACACGUUAGCCACAUUAGCGUGUUUGCAAAAAAUCCCAACCUUGUUAGUAAAAUGAUAAAAAAAACACAGUUUAACAAUGCUACAUGCUAGCCACAUUAGCGUGUUUACAAAAACUGUAAACCUUGUUUGUAGCAUGUAAAGAAAAAACAGUCCGACACCGCUACAAGUUAGCCUUUUUAGCGAGCCAUAUUUACAAAAACGUCAAACCUUGUUAGUAACUCAAUAAAAACACAGUUUGACACCAAUACACGUUAGCCUCAUUAACAAAUUCACAAAAACUACAAACUUUGUUAGUAACCAUUCAAAAAAAACACAGUUUGACACUACUACAGUACAAGUUAGCCAGAGUAGUGUGUUUACAAAAACUCUUACCUUGUAAGUAACUCGUUAAAAAAAACACAGUUCGACACCGCUAAACAUUAGCCACUUUAGCAUGCCGUAUUUACAAAAACUCCUACUUUGUUAGUAGCACGUAAAAAAGCAGUAAAAUGCUACUUGGCCACUUCACUGUAUAUACAAAGAUUUCUAACCAUACACCAAGUAAUAAAAACACAAUCUGACACAGCUACACAUUAGCUGCGGUAGUGUAUUUACAAAAACUCCUUAUUAGUAACACAAAAAUAAAACAGUCCGACACGCUACAUGUUAGUAACAUUAGGAAAAUGUUUGGAACAAAAAAGACUAGCAUUAUUACUUGGUUGUGUAGAUUUCAAAAUCACUUUGAAAUCAAGAAUCACCGUCAGAAUUAAGAAAUAUGAAGCGCUCCGGAUUGUAAAACGUACUGUUGGUUUUUUAGAAGAAUUUUAAGGUUUUUAGGUGCGCCUUAUAGUGCGGAGAAAAAGGUAUUUUUAAAAAACUCUUACUUAAGCUACAGAAAAAUAUAUAUAUACAUAAAAAUAAAGGCAGCAAAUAAUUCUGUAAUUAUUCCAGCUAUGAAAUGUAGUUUACUUGUUUUUUUAUUCCAGAUUCUACCUUAAUCUCUACAUUUAACCUUUUUCUGUGUAAACAUAAACAUCCAAAGGCCACCAAACGGUGAGAUAAUUUUAAGCAUCAGCAGCUGGAAUCUUGAAAUUCUAAAAGGAAUCGUUUACAAAUAGAUUUUACGCACAUUUGCAGAGAAAUAAGAAAAAAAACAAUCCUGUAAAAAAACAAUCCUGUAAAAGACAUUAUUCAACAUGAAUUGUAAUUAUUUUUCUAUGAGUCAGAUUGUAAAUAUGCAUAAUUAUUCAUUGCUGUUUAUUGAGCCAAGUUCUAAGAAAGCCACACAUUAGUUUCACAUUUUCUCUGAUUGGUCUAUUGAUUUAUCAGAAACAUCCAUCCUAUGUGUUGUUUGAGGUGAAACCAAAGUAACUGUUUCAUGGUUGACGAACAAAGAAAACUGAGGGAUGCAAACAGAAAAUUUCUUCUCCACAGAUUUAAAACAAUCGAACAGAAAUGUGAGAAAUGUGUCUUCCUUCAUCAAUGGGAUUUAAAAGUCACCCAUCUGGAUGACUAAUCUUAAUCGUGAAGAUUCAAUCAUCUUUUUCCAGAUUAUUUUGACACUUUAUGGCAAAGAGUAAACGGUAACUUUUGUGGCCGCGUCACUCAACAGGAGGAGCGCAAAACUGUUGAAAAAAUUAAAAAUGGAAAUAUUAGUGCUUGCUCCGAGUUUUAAUCUGUCUAAAACACAAACAUAAGGUCAGAGGUCAGAGCCAGCAACUCAACACACACUUUUCUUAACUUUUCUUUACCUGACCUGUGUUCUCACCUGUGUGGAUCGUGUGGAAAAUAAAGGCUGCCCUGUUUACGAGAGGCUCAGCCCACUAACAAACAUUAGUACUUCAGUGGCAAACGACUGUAAACUGACUGUCCAUUUGAAUCUGAUCUGAGGACUGUUAGAGAACAAACAAACUCAGGAGACGAGUCACUUGCAUUUGUAUUCCUCGGUUGGCCUAUUGAUUUGUGUUUUGCAACAACUUGAAAUACUACAAGGUGUGUUGCACAUGUAGCAUUGGCCUAGUAACGUUGUUUUUCUUCAAGGGAACGUGUCUGGCAGGCAUUGUAGCAGUUUGGCUUGAAGAUGAAACCCUUCAGAUGGAGAUGAGACUAAUAAAUAGGAAGCAGAUGUUGCUCUGCGUGUCGCCACAUUGGGGAUUGUGUUGCUCGAGCGCCGAAAGUGAAAAACGAGCGCCUCUAGUUAAAAGUGUUGUUUCUUGAGGAAAAUCCCCCCCCCCCCUUCAAUUGUGGGCGAAAGAGAGUUUCGGCUGAAAGCGUGGUUGGCGGGUGGCUGCAGCUUUUACAUCCUCCACCCUCCUCUCUGAACGCACACGCAUGCAUGCACUCACAUCUGUCUCCUCCGUCCACGGGAACACCGACUGCACCUCAUGCACACAAACACAGCCGCACACAGACAACUGCCAGCCAGUUUCACUGUACACUUUAUGAUGUAAAACUCAGAACAACAGCAGUCUGACAUGGACAACAUGCUGUGAAGAAAAGCACACUUUUCCUUACAUGGUAUGAAUAUGAUGACAUAUAUGAAGAGUAUUAUAUACAGUAUAAUAACUAGAAAAUAAAGAAUCACCUUUUCAAA